CUGGAGCCAUGGGCGCACAAGCGAGGCCUUCGGCGGUCCUCGCGGGCGGCGGCCGGGGCACGGCGGGGCGCUGGACGAGCUCCCGCGCGCUGCGGCCACCGCUCCUGCCUCUCUCUUUCCUUCUUUUGUUGUUGCAGGCGGCGCCCGGCGCUCGGGCCGCGGGAUACGAGAGGUGCCCCCUGGUGCAGCCGGACAUGCUCAACGUGCACCUGGUGGCCCACACACAUGACGACGUGGGCUGGCUCAAGACGGUGGACCAGUACUUCUACGGCAUCCAGAACGACGUCCAGCACGCGGGUGUGCAGUACAUCCUAGACUCGGUCAUCUCUUCCCUGCUCGCGGACCCCACCCGCCGCUUCAUCUACGUGGAGAUCUCCUUCUUCUCCCGCUGGUGGCGCCAGCAGACAAACGCAACACAGGAAAUAGUGCGGGACCUGGUGCGCCAGGGGCGUCUGGAGUUUGCCAACGGUGGCUGGGUGAUGAACGAUGAGGCGGCCACCCACUACGGAGCGAUCAUAGACCAGAUGACACUAGGGCUGCGCUUCCUGGAGGACACGUUUGGCAGCGACGGGCGCCCCCGUGUGGCCUGGCACAUCGACCCCUUCGGCCACUCUCGCGAGCAGGCCUCGCUGUUCGCGCAGAUGGGUUUUGACGGCUUCUUCUUCGGGCGCCUGGAUUAUCAAGACAAAACGGUGCGGAUGGACAAGCUGGAGAUGGAGCAGGUGUGGCGGGCCAGCGCCAGCCUGAAGCCCCCCGCCGCCGACCUCUUCACCAGCGUGCUCCCUAACAUUUACAACCCGCCGGAGUACCUGUGCUGGGACACGCUGUGCGCGGACAAGCCCUUCGUGGAGGACCCGCGCAGCCCCGAAUACAACGCCAAGGAGCUGGUCGAUUACUUCCUGCAGCUGGCCGCCGCCCAGGGCCAGCACUACCGCACCAACCACACCGUGAUGACCAUGGGCUCCGACUUCCAGUACGAGAACGCCAACAUGUGGUUCAAGAACCUGGACAAGCUCAUCCAGCUGGUCAACGCCCAGCAGCAGGCCAACGGGAGCCGCGUCAAUGUUCUCUACUCCACUCCCGCCUGUUACCUCUGGGAGCUGAACAAGGCCAACCUCACCUGGUCAGUGAAACAAGAUGACUUCUUUCCCUACGCCGACGGCCCCCACAUGUUCUGGACCGGCUACUUUUCCAGCCGGCCGGCCCUCAAACGCUACGAGCGCCUCAGCUACAACUUCCUGCAGGUGUGCAACCAGCUGGAGGCGCUGGCGGGUCCGGCGGCCAACGUGGGACCCUAUGGCUCGGGAGACAGUGCACCCCUCAAUGAGGCGAUGGCCGUCCUCCAGCACCACGACGCGGUCAGCGGCACCUCCCGGCAGCACGUGGCCGACGACUACGCGCGCCAGCUGGCGGCCGGUUGGGGGCCCUGCGAGGUUCUCCUGAGCAACGCGCUGGCGCGGCUCAGCGGCUCCAAGGAGGACUUCGAGUUCUGCCGCGACCUCAACGUCAGCGUCUGUCCGCUCAGCCAGACGGCGGAGAGCUUCCAGGUGACCAUUUAUAACCCCCUGGGACGGAAAGUGGAUUGGAUGGUGCGGCUGCCGGUCGGCAAACACGUUUUCCUCGUGAGGGACCCCAGUGGCACAGUUGUGCCCAGCGAUGUGGUGACACUUCCCAGCUCAGACAGUCAGGAGCUGCUUUUCUCUGCCUCGGUGCCUGCCCUGGGCUUCAGCAUCUACUCAGUCACCCAGGGGCCUAGCCAGAGGCCCCAGGCCUACACGCCCCAGCCCAGAUCCCAGAAGCCCUCGUCCCGUGUCUUGGUCAUCCAAAAUGAGUACCUCCGGGCUAGGUUUGACCCUUAUACGGGGCUCCUGGUGGAGCUGGAGAACCUGGACCAGAAGCUCCUGCUGCCUGUCCGCCAAGCCUUCUACUGGUACAACGCCAGCGUAGGCAACAACCUAAGCACUCAGGCCUCAGGAGCCUACAUCUUCAGACCCAGCCAACAGGAGCCGCUGCCCGUGAGGCACUGGGCUCAGACCCGCCUGGUGAAGACGGCCUUGGUGCAGGAGGUGCACCAGAACUUCUCAGCCUGGUGUUCCCAGGUGGUGCGCCUGUACCCGGGACGGCGGCACCUGGAGCUGGAGUGGACGGUGGGCCCAAUCCCUGUGGGUGACCACUGGGGGAAGGAGAUCAUCAGUCGCUUUGACACUGCGCUGGAGACAAAAGGACUCUUCUACACAGACAGCAAUGGCCGCGAGAUCCUGGAGAGAAGGCGGGAUUAUCGACCCACCUGGAAGCUGAACCAGACUGAGCCAGUGGCCGGAAACUACUAUCCAGUCAACAGCCGCAUUUACAUCACGGAUGGGAACAUGCAGCUGACCGUGCUGACCGACCGCUCCCAGGGGGGCAGCAGCCUGAGGGAUGGCUCCAUAGAGCUCAUGGUGCACCGACGGCUGCUGAGAGACGAUGCGCGCGGAGUGGGGGAGCCGCUGCUGGAGAACGGGUCUGGGGUGUGGGUGCGAGGGCGCCACCUCGUGCUGCUGGACAAGGCCCGGACCGCGGCCGCCGGACACCGGUUACAGGCGGAGAAAGAGGUCCUCGCUCCGCAGGUGGUGCUGGCCCGGGGUGGCGGCGCCCCCUACCACCUCGGGGUGGCCCCGCGCACGCAGUUCUCGGGGCUGCGCCGGGAGCUGCCGCCCUCCGUGCGUCUGCUCACAUUGGCCCGCUGGGGCCCGACGACGCUGCUGCUGCGCUUGGAGCACCAGUUCGCCGUAGGGGAGGCCCCGGGCGGCAACCUGAGCUCCCCAGUGACCUUGGACUUGAGGGACCUGUUCUCGGCCUUCACCAUCACUGACCUGCAGGAGACCACGCUGGUGGCCAACCAGCUCCGGGCCCGCGCGUCCAGGCUCCAGUGGACAACGAAUACAGGCCCAGGCCCCACACCUCAUCCCUCUCCCUCCUGGCUGGACCCCGCUACCAUCACGCUGCAGCCCAUGGAAAUCCGCACCUUCCUGGCCGAGGUCCAAUGGGAACGGGACAGCUAGACCAGAGCCCUGGUGGCAGGAUGCCCCCUUCUGAACCUGGGCCCCCUCCUCCUCUUGCUGCUGCUGCUGCCACUGCCACCAAGAAAAGCCAUUAAAAUGCUACUACCAA